GUUGCCAUAGCGACGCAUGUUUGAGUUCCAAACUCACGACAUGAGUAUAAAGUGCAAGCUGCUGCACGAGCUUCUCAGAGCGAUCGAAACAUUGGAGACCGUCUCUCCGUUUAAUUUGUGCUGUACAUACGAUGCCACCCAAAGGCAAGGGUAAAAAGCCUGCAAAUGCAAGGACCCCCACGCUAAUAGAUGGACUCACCAAGGAUGAGAUGUCCAAGGAGCAGCUCGAAGAGUACAUUGUGCGUCUUCGAGAGGAGCUGGAUAGAGAGAGAGAGGAGAGAAACUAUUUUCAGACGGAGAGGGACAAUAUCCACACCUUUUGGGAAAUCACAGACAGACAGCUAGAGGUGGUCAAGGCUGAACUUCAAAACCUAGAGAAGGACAUAGAAGAGGAUGAGGGGCACCAUCAAGUAGAGAUCAAGGUGUAUAAGCAGAAGAUGAAGCACCUCCUGUGUGAACACCAGAACACAAUCUCUGAGUUGAAAGAAGAAGGGUUAGUCUCCACUGAGGUGCUGCAGAAUGAGCAAGAACAAUUAGAGGCUGAGCUUCACAAGGAGAUGAGGGCCAUCAUGGUAGACAUGCAGAAGCUCGACAAUGAAAGUAUCUUCAAGGAGCUUGAACUGAAACACGAAGAAGAAAUGACUAAAACAAGGAACCACUGGGAGAAGCAUAUCACAGAAAUCAAAUCCAAUUAUGCGAAAAAGAUGAAGUUGCAGCAACAAGAGCUGGACAAAAUGAGGCAAAAGGAGACCAGUGAAAGAGAGGAUCAGUGGAACCGCCACAUCGCUGGUCUUAUAGAAGACCACGACAAAGCUUUGACGGAUGCUUCUGCAUUUGUUAAUCUCAUGGAAGAAGAUCUGAAAAUAAGCGAGUCAGUCAAGACACAAAUUCUACGAAUGGAGGUAAAACAGAUGGAGAACCAGAGGGAACAGACCCAUCUUUCGCAGGAUAGCAAAUGUCUCGCUGAGCGUCUCUUGAAAGUCAAGGAGCAAAUUGCUGGAAAUGAGAAAAAAACGAAAUACUAUGGAAUGAAAAAGGACAUCAAUGAAAGGGUAAAAAAAAAGGAGCUGAAUGACCUAAAAUUGGAACAUAAGGACCUGGAACAGAAAUUCAGCAAGCUUCAACUGGAAAAGGACGAGCAGUUCAAGACGUACUCUCAGACUAUUGAGAAGGUGCAGCAUAAAGCAGAUCUGCAGAUCAUGCAGCUGCAAAGGAAGCUGAAGGCCCUGACAGACAGCCUGGAGAAGACACAGGCUCAGCUCCACUCGGUGCUAUCUGCCUCUAACAUGGACCAAAUUGCCCUUGGUGGGGUCACAAAAAAAAUUGAGGAAAAUCUUGACUCCUGCAAUAAAUCCAUCAAGAACUUACAGUAUAAAAAAGCUCAGAUUUCCAAGCUGACUGGACCACACACUGCUCUUAAAAUGAGGCUCACAGCAGCGGCUUCAACAUCUGCAAAUCUUCCUUCUCUCUGUCCUAGAUGAGGCUGGUUACACUUAAUUUGGAGCAUCAGCUGUUUUUACUGCGGGGAAAGCAAUGCAUGAUCUCUUAACUGUCAACUAUAGCAGUUAAUAUAAGAUUAAUGUUAAGGUCAUAUUUUGUUAUGACUUGUUAUGACGUAGUAUUUUUGCGAUAUGUUUGGCUAAAUAUUUUGCUGAUGCAGUGAUCCUGUGAUGGGUUUACAGCUACAAGGGCAUGAUACAACUUAUGCAAAGCCUCUGGUGGGCAGUUUGUCAACAGUCCUUUAUCAUCUCACUCCUGACACCAAGAACACUAAAGGCCAUUCUCAACAUCACACAAAUUAUGGC